GCCUGUCAUGGCGGCGCACCGUGGCGGGAGCGGAGGCGAAGGCUGGUUCCCGGCUUUGGCCGUUGGAGUCACGCUGCUCAAAUUGCUCCUCAUACCGACCUAUCAUUCCACAGAUUUUGAGGUGCACAGGAACUGGCUGGCCAUCACCCAUAGCUUACCAGUCUCCCAGUGGUAUUAUGAAGCCACUUCUCAAUGGACCUUGGACUAUCCUCCCUUCUUCGCUUGGUUCGAGUACGUGCUUUCACAUGUUGCCAAAUACUUCGACCGAGAGAUGCUGGUGAUCCAAAAUCUGGACUAUUCCAACGACAAAACUGUUCUCUUCCAAAGGCUUUCGGUCAUCUUUACAGAUGUGCUUUUUAUCUACGCAGCUCACGAAUGCUGCAAGUGUGUAAACAGAAAACAGUCAGGAAAAGACAUCCUGGAGAGCCCUCCUUUUGUGAUUGCCGUCCUCCUGUUGUGGAACUUUGGCCUCUUGAUUGUGGAUCAUAUUCAUUUCCAAUACAACGGCUUCCUGUUUGGGUUAAUGCUUCUUUCCAUUGCGCGACUCUUCCAGAAAAGGCAUUUAGAAGGCGCUUUCCUCUUUGCUGUCCUCCUGCAUUUCAAACACAUCUAUCUCUACGUGGCCCCGGCAUAUGGCGUGUUCCUGUUGCGAUCCUACUGUUUCACUGCAAAUAAUCCAGACGGAUCCGUGCGAUGGCGAAGUUUCAGCUUUCUCCGCUUUGCUGCCUUGGGGCUAAUUGUCUCUCUUGUUUCUGCACUUUCAUUGGGACCAUUCAUUGCUUGGGGACAACUUCCUCAGGUCGUCUCCCGCCUCUUCCCUUUCAAGAGAGGCCUCUGCCACGCAUACUGGGCUCCUAACUUCUGGGCGGUGUAUAAUGCCUUGGACAAAGCACUCGCAAUUAUUGGUCUGAAAUACAGAUUCCUGGAACCCACUAGGAUGUCCAAGGCUUCCAUGACGGGGGGGCUUGUUCAAGAAUUCCAGCACACGGUCCUUCCGUCUGUGACUCCGCUGGCCACCUUGAUCUGCACAGCAGUCUCCAUACUGCCCUCUGUUUUCUGUCUUUGGUUUAAACCCCAAGGGCCCAGAGGCUUCCUUCAGUGCCUGGUUCUCUGCUCGCUGAGCUCUUUCAUGUUCGGGUGGCACGUGCAUGAGAAAGCAAUACUCCUUGCCAUCCUUCCUUUGAGCUUGCUGUCUGUGGAGAGAUCAAGAGAUGCCAGCAUCUACCUGAUUCUGUCCACUACCGGACAUCUUUCCCUCUUCCCCCUGCUCUUCACAGCACCAGAGCUGCCAAUUAAAAUCCUGCUCAUGCUGUUGUUCACAGUCUACAGCUUCUCCUCGCUGAAGGCAAUCUUCAGGAAAGAAGGUCCUCUGCUUAACUGGCUGGAAACGAUCUACCUCACGGGGCUAAUCCCCCUGGAAAUCUUUUGUGAAAUCGUGUUCCCUUUCACUCCCUGGAUGCUCAAGUUUCCCUUCCUUCCUUUAUUGCUCACCUCCGUAUAUUGCGCUCUAGGCAUCAUGUACUCAUGGCUGAAAUUAUACAUCUCUGUCUUUACGGGACCCCCAGCCAUCAGGCAAAAAGAGGAAUGAUGAGGGACUGAGUCCUAGCAGUUCAUCCUGGAAAGCAACCAGUGCUAAGCAACGGCUUCUCUGUGGAGGUAGGACCACGUGCCACACAGCCUCCCAUUCCAGGAACACCUGGACCAAGAAAACAGGAAAGGCUGUCAAAGAAGCAAAAGCUGGUUCCAGGUUGAGAAGGCUGAGGAACAAUGCCUGCUGCUUAUAAAACAGCUUUAAUUAAGACUUCCUUGCAGACCUGAGCCUCCUUUUUCACCUUUACAAUCAUGUUGAAACAAAUACUGGUUGCCUUAAUGGUCCAUCAUGGCUUUUAAGUGCUAGUGUUGCAUGUUAAAGGGGAGGUCAUGGUGUUCCCCCAACAAAGGACAAGGUUACAAUCACGUAUUGUGAAAGAUAAGAAUAAAGCACUAUUUUUUAUUCAAGCA